GGGAGGGCAGAGAAAGUCACUCUUUUGGUAGACAAAGAAGAAACGAGGCACACUCCAGUGUUGCAAACGGGAGGUAAAAAUGUGUUUAUAAGGAAGGCACUUUGUUGUGGUUUUGGAAAGGGGGAGGAUCUCGCUUGCUUUUACAGACUACUUUGGCAAAUUCGACAAAUCGCAAGACGCCUGCGGCACAUGCCGCUCCUCUUUUUAUUGCCCUACUUCAAGGUAUGAAUGUUAACAACACAACUUACUCAUAGAGACCAGUUUUACUGUAAACGCGCGCUGAGAUGGCGCUUCUUCCAGCUGAUGAAGCGCUGCUGCUGGACUGCAGGACACCUCGCACAGCCGAGCACCGAUUGGUUCCUUGUGCUUUUGUCCUAGUUUAGUGACUUCCUGAAGAGUGGUAGCUGCCUUUCAAGUGACUUGCCUACCGUCCACAAAGAUCACAUAGAUGCUAAUUUUAAAAAAGUUCAUCAUUAGCUGUAAAAAAGUGAGUCACUAUGUCAUCGUCUUCAUAUGGCAGUACUGAUAUAAAAGACUGGCUUGUGUGCAUCCACUUAGAGCAGUAUGCAUACUAUUUUAGAUUUGCUGGCUAUCACAAGUUGAAAGACUGCAAGGAUCUUAAUAAUGAAGAUCUCAUAAAGAUUGGAGUGACUCCUACAGGACAUCGCAAACGAAUUCUUCAUUAUUUACAGACUUGGCAAGAAUUUCAAGGCAAAGCUAUGGAAGAAACACAAAAAUCAUCAAAAAAGGGGAUGAAUUUCAAUGAUUCAUCUAGAACUGAUUGCCACAGCUCUGUACAGAAUUAUGAAAAUUCAAACUUAAAUCCAAAGACAAAUGAAGAGAAACCAACUCCCAAACCAAGAACUAUUUUUUUGUCAGAACAAAGAAAAAAGGAUGUAAUUAAUCACAAUCAAAACUGGAAACCUGUUUAUAAAUACUCAGAAGAUGUGCAAAAUGAUUGCAUUACUUCAUUUAAUGUGCAGUCUUCUGUGCCUGUGGAGGAUACAUCUAAAAAUAUGACAUCUGCUGGAGAAUCUUCUCUUUUUCGCUUGAAUGAAUAUAAAGGGAAAAUGGUUGUCAAUGAGAUAUAUUGUCUAAGGAAAAAUGAUACAACAAAUCUACCUCCACUGCCAGAUUCUGAGUCUUUCAAACAUGAGUUUAAAAAAGAAUGUGAAGUUCCAAAACCACUUGAUACCUUUGUGAAAACUGGGAGAUAUACUGAAACACAUAUUAGUUGCACCAGCAACAGUGCUUUAAAUACAUUACAGCAACCAGGUGGACCAGAUUAUUUUUGUUCACAUGGAGAUACAUUAAUGAGCAGCAGAUCUGAACAAUAUGAAAAUUUGGCAUUUGACCCAAUGAUAAAAGAAAAUGAAAGCAAGCAUUCAAGCUGGAAAGCAGAAAGCACUGAGACAAGGUUGGGCACAUUCUCUCAAGAAAAUGCAUCAAAUAGUAAUACAAGUUACCUGCGGUCAAAAAAUGUUGCAGAACUUGUAAACUGCAACAAAAUUUCUCCCUAUGCUUGCUUUUAUGGAUCAUUAAAUAAAAUUAUAGAAGCAGGAUGGCUGGAUAAACUUUCUCCAAAAGGCAACUAUUUAUUCCAGCGACGAUGGGUCAGAUUUGAUGGUGAAUAUCUUUCAUACCACCACAAUGAAAAGGACGUGUAUUCCAAAGGAAUGAUUGCCCUUUCUGCAAUUAACAAAGUCCGUCAUUUUGGAGAUAACAAAUUUGAAGUUGUAACACCCAACAGGACCUUUGUUUUUCGAGGAGAAAAGGAAGCUGUCAGACGAAGAUGGAUUAACACAAUUUGGACUGCGCUUGAGUCACAAACAAGACUGCUGCAUAAACCAUUAAAAUCUCCUGAGGAUAAGUGUGGUUAUCUGGAGCUGAAAGGCUUGAAAGGGAAAAUUUAUAUGGUGUUGAGUGGAACAAAACUGAAACUUAGUAAAAAUGAACAGGAUUCCAUUACUGGAAUUGGCAUCACAUGUAUUAACCUAAAUAUAGCUACAGUGACAGAUCUUGAACGUAAAUCUUUUGAGAUAAACACACCAUUUAGAAACUUUUGCUUUACAGUGGAGUCGGAAAAAGAGAAACAGGAGUGGAUUGAAGCAGUCCAGGAAUCAAUAACAGAAACGCUCUCAGAUUAUGAAGUAGCUGAGAAGAUUUGGUUCAAUGAAUCCAAUAGAAGUUGUGCAGAUUGCCGUGCCCCAGACCCUGAAUGGGCAUCCAUCAAUCUCUGUGUUGUCAUUUGUAAGAAGUGUGCAGGUCAGCACAAGCUGCUGGGGUCAAAUAAAUCUAAGAUUCAUUGUCUAAAAUUAGACACCAGUGUUUGGAGCAAUGAACUCAUAGAGCUUUUUUUGAUAAUAGGUAAUAAACAUGCAAACAACUUUUGGGCUGCAAAUGUACCACCAGAAGAAGUGUUGGAUUUUGAUGCCUUGCCAGAACAGCGAUAUAACUUUAUCAUUAAGAAAUACAAAGAAAAAAGGUUCCGAAAGUUAUUGCCACGAGUGCUAAACCAUGAGGAAUUAAACAAGGCAUUGUGUGCUACUGUACAACAACAUGAUGUUUUAGAGACGAUGUCACUAAUAUUUAGUGGAGCUGACCCCAUGUGCACAACAGAAGAUCCAAUCUACUGUACACCUUACCUGCUAGCACAAAAGGCAGGACAGCGUUUGCAAAUGGAAUUUCUGUAUCAAAACAGACUGUCAGAUUUAACAAAACCUGGAUCAUUAUAUGAAAGAAACUUUUAUGAUGAUGCUACUACCUUUAGACAUGGUUUUCUUUAUAAAGCUGUCAACACUACAAAAAUAAUUGCAGAGAAGAAAACAAAAGAAGAUCUAAAUAAGCAAUGGUGUACCCUAGAAGGAGGGUUCCUUAGUUAUUAUGAAAAUGAUUGCACUGCAACUCCAAUGGGACGCAUUGAUAUCAAUGAAGUUGUCUGUCUUGCUCUUAACAAGACUGAGUACAUAAUAGGAGCUGGGGCUGUCUUUACCUUUGAGAUAUAUCUGCAGUCUGAAAGAGUCUUUCUGUUUGGAGCAGAAACUGUACAAUCUCAGCAUGACUGGGUGUGGGCAAUAAGCAAGUAUUUUAUACCUCCAUCUUUUCAAACCUUGGCACAGAGAGAUUAUGAAUUAAUUGGAAGACUCUUCAUCAAGGAAGGUCAUAACUUGUAUUACUGGAAAGUUGCAUGGUUUGCCCUUGAAGAAUCUUGUUUAUAUUUUUAUUCCGGUGAAGACAGUGAAACAGAGGCAAAAAUAUACUUGAAACGGCUGCAAGAGCUCACAAUCAGCACCCAAGCAGAUGGUGCGGGGAAGAUUGAUGUUUUAUUAUUAGUUGAAAAAGGAAGAACCUUGUACAUUCAUGGUCAUAAUAAACUUGAUUUUACUGUUUGGUGUUCAACAAUAAGAAAAGCUUCAGGAACAAAUGGCAAAAUACUACGUGAUCAGCAGCUCAGUAAAAAUGACAUUCCUGUCAUUGUGGACAGCUGUAUAGCAUUUGUUACCCAGUAUGGUCUCAGCUAUGAAGGCAUUUACCAGACAAGUGGGAAUCCGGCCAGUGUUUCCCAGCUUCUGGACCAGUUUAGGAAAGAUGCCAGGAAUGUUAAAUUAAGAUAUGGGGAACAUGUACUGCAAGACGUGACAGAUGUGUUAAAGUGUUUUCUCUCUGAAAUAGAUGAUGCACUUCUAACAAAAGAACUGUACCCCUACUGGAUAUCCAUUUUAGAUAUACCAGAUGAAAAAGAGAGAGUGAGAAAGUACAUAACCUUUAUAAAAACCUUGCCGCAAGUCAAUAGGACAACCCUGGCCGCUUUAAUAGGACACUUAUACAGAGUUCAGAAAUGUUCAAACAUCAAUCAGAUGCAUACACGUGAUUUGGCUAUGGUGUUUUCACCAUGUUUAUUUCAAACUAAAGGCUAUACCAGUGAAGAACUAUCUGUCACUGAAGACCUUAUUAAUAAUUAUGUGGAUCUGUUUGAAAUUAAAGAAGAUAAAGUCAAGCAAAUGGAAAUGGAAAAUAGUUUGAUUACUGAAUGGAAAGGGUCUUUGUAUUCCCAGGCUGGAGACUUAAUUGUUGAGGUUUACCUGGAAAGAAAAGAACCUGAUUGCUGUUGUAUAGUCAAGAUUUCUCCAACCAUGAAAGCAGAAGAAUUGACUGACUAUGUGUUGGAAAUGAAGAGUAUCGUCUCUGACAAGAGUGAUGUAUGGAUCACAUUUGAGGCAAUAGAGAAUGGAGAACUUGAGCGGCCAUUACAUUACAGUGAGAAGGUCCUGGAGCAAGUCCUCACAUGGAGCUCACUGGAAGAGCCUGGUUGUGCAUAUUUAGUGAUAAAAAACUUCAAUGAUGCCAAAAGAUAUAAAUCCCAACAAGGAAACACUAAAGGAUUCAUUAAAGGAGGAUAUGUAAAAAUCCGGGAAAUGCCUUGUAAAUUAAUGUAUGGAAACAAAUUCCAUGAUCGAUAUAUUAUUUUACGAGAUGAAAAGCUGCUUAUCUACAAGGAUAUUAAAAGCACCAGACCAGAGAAAGACAUCUCUGUGAAGUCUAUCAAAUGUUACUUUGGCAUUAGGAAGAAAGUAAAGCCACCAACAAGUUGGGGAUUCACAAUUUUUGCAGACAAGCAACAAUGGUACUUGUGCUGUGAUGGACAAGAGGCACAAUUUGAAUGGAUGGCAAGCAUUCUCAGAGUACAGCAUGAUGGUAAUUUGUGGCCUAUUGGAGGGACACGUCAAUUACCAGCUGUGAGUAAAAAUUCCAAGGCAGGUACCAUUGCUUUACUUCCAAUCCAACAACAGAAAAGCAGACCUACAGAGUACAGACAGCUCAAUGAAAACUCAGAAAUGUCCCUUGCUACGUGUCAAGAAGGUCAUGAACAGAAUGCCAGUUGCAACGUAAAGGAAAAAGCUAAUAUUUUGUCCGACUGCUUGAAAAUCAAAGAAGAUCACACAACAAAUCUAAAAAAUGUGAAACAGAAAACAGUUGCAACUUGCCAUGUACAAAGUGAUCCAUCACAUAGCAUUGCAUAUCAAAGGAAGAUCAACAAGCAAAAUCAAUCAGCAAGCAAAUCAAAAUGUUCUCCCGAGCUGCAUCUUCCUCCCAAGUUUUUACAGGAGCUUAAUGCGGUAUUAACUAAAGGUAAUAGGACUAACAAAGAGUAACUACAGUAUAUGUGAAGUUAAGUAUGUAAAGAACUCAAAAAAUGAUCAGUUGCAAGCUGUAUUGACUUUCUGGACAGUGCCUAUUAGAGAACAGUAUACAGUGUUAAGAAAUAAAAUGGGAAGAAAAUAUAAGUUUUUAGUGCAGUGCAGGGAUUGUUCCUGUCUUGUGCCAAGUGUUUGCUAGGAUGGGCUUCAGCUGCUCCUCGGCCCUGCCCUGAAUAAGCGGGCUUGGAAGAUGGAUGGAUUCUAAGCAUUUCCUUAUAAACUGGAAGGAAAAUCAUUCAGACAUAGGAGAUGUCACUGCACCAUUAAAAUCGUCUCUUCUGCAUCAUGAACCAACAGUUAGAUGAUCAUAAAAUGUCAAAUGAAAGACUUAUAUACUCUGGCAUUUUCUAAACUUAAAAGAAUCAAUUUGUUAAUAAAGAAAACAGAAAUAAAUCUCUAACUAAUAUACAGUAAACAGAAAACAAACAUCUGGAGGCCCAAUGACCUUGAGAAAAGGCACAAAGUCGAAGACUGAGAAUGAAACUUUGGUGUAAAAGUUUGAUUGGCAUAUGUUUUUUGCCAUAGAAUUUAAACAAUGUUUUUUAAUUAAUGAAUAAUUAAAUGAUUUGAAAUGGAAAUAAAGUUGUUCAAACACCAAUUUACACAUUUACUUGAGUGAUGCUAGUUGUAAUCUCAAGUAUUUAAACAAAUGAACACAGCUUUUAAUAAAGAGGCAGGGUCUCCUGAUUAGGUUACGCUCCUAAAAUAAAAUACCUGCUGAAAGCAAGCCAAUCGCAGUGGGGCAGGUGGGAUGAUAAACCAAUCAGAACUGCAGUGCUGUAGUUGUAGCUUAAAAAUAGUACAUGCAGCUUUUAGGACUUUAUGCCAUAAAAAAGACUGAAAACAGCAUGUUUUCAAAUACCUUAAUGUAAUAAAAUAUAUCAGUUCUAAAAUACAUUUGCUUCUCAAAUGUAGGUCCCACUUUUUUAAUAAACAUGGGUGUAAAGGCAUGUGUAUGGCUGCUUAUUUCAACAAACCAUAGACGACUUGCUUAACAAAGCUGAGA